GGGAGGAAGGGGGCCUACAGGAUUUGAGCUGAACGUCACCACCACUCAUCCGGGUUCUGCUGCAGCUGUGAAUUUGAGGUGGCUUUGAAACCUCCGAGAGGAGCACCGGGGUGGCCAGAGCCUAGAGGCCAGGGACACCUUGGGUAGUCAUUGGCAUGUGACUGAAGCCUGUGGAGAGGAGAAACGGAGAGAAGUGAAGAGAACGGAAGCUGUGAGAGGAGGAAGGUGGCAGGUUGUAGGGUGGAGGUGGCCGACUGUGGCAUUUGACUGGCCGAGCGUGCAGUGUGUCUGAGGUGUGGAGGGGACAGUGGCGCAGGAGAGGGUGGUCAGGACGAAGAGCACAGCCAGAUGCCCAGGAGGCUCGAGUCAACUUUGACCAUUUUCAGAUUCUGCGGGCCAUUGGUAAAGGGAGUUUUGGAAAGGUGUGCAUCGUGCAGAAGCGAGACACGAAGAAGAUGUAUGCCAUGAAGUACAUGAACAAGCAGAAGUGCAUCGAGCGCGAUGAAGUGCGGAACGUGUUCCGGGAGCUGCAGAUCAUGCAGGGGCUGGAGCACCCGCUCCUGGUCAACCUGUGGUACUCCUUCCAGGAUGAGGAGGACAUGUUCAUGGUGGUGGACCUGCUGCUGGGCGGGGACCUUCGCUACCACCUGCAGCAGAGCGUGCAUUUCACAGAGGGCGCGGUGAAGCUCUACAUCUGCGAGCUGGCGCUGGCCCUGGAGUACCUGCAGCAGUGCCACAUCGUCCACAGUCCUACAUCGACCUACAAGGGAGGACCCAGCACCCUCCUGGUGCAGAUGAGAAACCAGACCAGAGAAAUAAAGAUGGCCCAUGGUCCCUCAGGGAAGUGGCACCUCCCACAUCCCGGCCUUCGUCAUCAACCUCCUCAACCCCUGCAGCCGGCUCCAGCAGCGGCAGUCCAGCAGAGCAACUUCGCAGUGGACAUCAAGCCGGACAACAUCUUGCUGGACGAGCACGGACACGUUCACAUAACAGACUUCAACAUAGCAACCGUCAUAAGGGGAGCAGAGAAGGCCUCCUCCAUGGCUGGGACCAAGCCUUACAUGGCCCCAGAAGUGUUCCAGGUGUACGUGGAUGGAGGCCCUGGGUACUCGUACCCCGUCGACUGGUGGUCCCUGGGCAUCACGGCCUACGAGCUGCUGCGGGGCUGGAGACCCUAUGAAAUCCACUCAUCCACGCCCAUCGAUGAGAUCCUCAACAUGUUCAAGGUGGAGCGUGUCCACUACUCCUCCACGUGGUGCACGGGCAUGGUGGCCCUGCUGAAGAAGCUCCUGACCAAGGACCCCGAGAGCCGCCUGUCCAGCCUCAGCGACAUUCAGAGUGUGCCCUACCUGGCCGACAUGAACUGGGACGCCGUGUUCGAAAAGGCGCUGAUGCCCGGCUUUGUGCCCAAUAAAGGCAGGCUGAACUGUGACCCCACCUUUGAACUUGAGGAAAUGAUUCUAGAAUCCAAGCCACUUCACAAAAAGAAGAAGAGGUUGGCAAAGCACAGGUCCAGAGAUGGCACGAAGGACACCUGUCCCCUGAACGGGCACCUGCAGCAGUGUCUGGAGACGGUGCGGAAGGAAUUCAUCAUCUUCAACAGAGAGAAGCUCAGGAGGCAGCAGGGACACGGCGACCCUGAAGGCCGAGCCGGGAGCCAGGCCCAGAGCAAGCUCCAAGAUGGCUGCAACAACAACAUCCUGGCCCACAACUGCCCCCAGGGCUGCAGCAGCUAAGCCUCCACCUGCAGCUGCCCAGGGGACAGCAGGCCUCUCUGCCCUGCCCAUCCAGAGCCCCUCUCUGUGCUGUGAUGGUCCCCAUCUACCCCCAGAAACCUCAGAUGCAGAAAGAGCCCCUGACUUGGAGCUGGGAAGCCUGUGUUUGGAUCCCAGCUGAUUUGCUCUGUGACCUCGGACAAGUCACAGCCUAUCUGUGCCUCAGUUUUCUGCAUCUGCCAAGAAAGUUAAACAGCUCUCUUUUCCACCUCCAGGUACAAGGUUAUUGUGAGAAUCCAGUUGGAUAGGAGAUAUGCAAACUUUGGGGCAUUUAUAAAAUUGUUUGUACCUGCAAAAUAGAAUCCUAGUAUUUGAAGCACAUUCCCACCCUUGCUUCGCAGUUUGGCCCUCGCUUGCUGGAUGGCACUUUGGAAAUCUACAGCCCCAGGGGAACCCUAACUAUUGCACAUGUCUGCCCUCUGAUGAGACACUGCUCCCAAAUCCUGGAGCAGCCCUGGGGUGGCUUCACUGGCAUUCUCUGCUGGCCACAGACUCUGACAUUGCAGGAAGUGCAGCAUGCAGAUCGGCUGGGCCUGAGGGCUCUGUGCCCCAGCUGUGCUCUUCCCUGGGUCCCCAAGAGUGCUCCACCUGAAUGUCAGCAGCCUUCCAACCCUGUGCCCUGGGGUUGGGGUGCCACACAGGUGCCCUUUCAGAUGAGAAUCGCCUCACUGGUCAGUGGUUACUCCCACACUGUCCUCCACGCUGCAGCAGAAUGCCCUUCCCAGAAUGCCGGUCAUGGAGACAGCCUGAAAGAGAAUCAAAGGACCUGACGGGCGUGGAUGGGAACAGCUUCCUGUCAGUAACUUAGGGGGUAUGGGUGUUUGGAAAGUCUGUUCCGGAAGGAAAGUGGCUUUACCCAAAGGCCAGCUGCUUUACACUGAGGUCAGGAACAACUUGCCCUUGAACUGGGAGGCACUGAGGCUUAAAAAGUAAAGUGGGCUUUGCAGUCAGACUCAUGUGCAGAAUCCAGUCCUGCUGCUGACCUGUUGGAAGACCUUAGGCAAGUCACAUGAUCACCCAAAUGUCACAUGAUCACACUAAUGCACAUGACCACGCAAGAGUCAGGGAACUCAUUUUAAAAUUGGGAUAAAAAUGGGGCUGGGCCUGGUGGCACACAACUGUAAUCCCAGCACUUGGGGGGCUGGGGUAGGAGGACUGUGAGUUCAGGACAGCCUGGGCCAGUUGAAAAGACUAUCACACAAAAAAGAAAAAAAAAAGGAAAAUCAAUAAAAUAAAAUGGGAUUUCAUAAGAUUCUGUAUGUAGCACAUUCAAAGAGCAAAUGACUACUUGAUUUGCAGCCAUUUUUCAAGAUCUUCACUGUCUUCAUCUUCGUCACUGUUUGGAGACUGUUUCACAGACCCGGCACGGCAGUUUCCUGUGUAGACAAACUGCACUCCUAUUUCCAACUCUUUUUAUCUUUCCUCCUGCAGGCACCGAUGUCUGCACAUCCCUGCUGCAAACGUUCAACUGUGAUUUUACUUUUCAUCCAGUUUCCACUUUCUACUUUUUAACAUGACAGAUCAAUCCUUGAGGCUGUCUGUCCUCUCUUAGAUUUAAGAGACAUUUUAAUGUAUGAUGCGGUUUUAAAAAGUAGUCAUUGUUUCCCCUUCGCACUGAGGCUGUUUCUGGGUUGUGUUGAGCACAUCCGUCUGUGUCAGCGCCCUUUUUGGUCUCCUGUCCCCACGGGCACUGUCCUGCCCCCUCUGCCAAAUAGUGCGGCUGCUCCGCUCUUCACUGUGACCUGGAAGUGUUCAGAUUUCAUCCUGGGCUGAGCUGGUGAGUGGGGGCAGGAGCCUGACGCAGCCCUGGAGACUCCAGGUUUCCCAGCUCUGUCCAUGUGCCAUUCUUCGUUCAGAAUAAACUAUUUCUCAGACAUUCCUUCCUA